UGCCAUGCACUGUACUGUACUUGUGGGAUUGCACGUCUCACACAAAACCAGAAGCAGAACUGCAGAAGGGUUUGUACACAGAGCAUUGACAAAAAUCAGGCAUGAGAUGAGAGAGAAGGGAGGAGGAGAGAGAGGAAAAGCUGAAAAAGAAGAGCACCACUCGUGGGGUUAAAACCCCAAGAACAAACUUGGGACUUUGGGAGUAGCAGCCGGAGGGCGAGGGAAGCAGCGAGAGGAGCGAGCGAGCGAGCGAGCAAGCAAAGCGAAGCGAGAAGCUGAAUCACUUCUCCCUGCAACUGUUUAAGCUCCGAGGUUGCAACCGCACGCGAGAAGCAAGAGGAAAGGAAGCAGCAGCGAGCAUGCUCCUGUGCCCCCUCUCCGGCGGCGGCGGUCGGAUCCGCCGGAGAGCGGCGGCCGGGGCGCGGGGGGCUCGGAGCUAACCGUCUCGACCUCGCGGUCGCGAGAUCUGACGGCGCGGCUCCUUGGAUCGAGCGGUGCCUCUCUGCUCGAGUGCCGGUUCUUGCCCCCGGAAGAAGAAAAACUCAAGCUUGCGCGGUAAUCUUCGGAAGGCGUAAUCUCGCGCGGAAAAAGGCGAGGAGAAACUGGGAAAGUGAUGGUUUUUGGGAAGGCGCUGUGAUCUGGCCUGAAAAGGAGGAAUCUUUGCUUCGUUUCCCCCUUCCUUCUCCACUCCGUGCACGCUCUUAUAUCGCCUUCAGAUCGGCAGUCUGAUUGGGCCUUUGGAAAGGGAGAAAAAUGAGGCUAUCGUCGUCGUCCGGCAGCGUUCUCCAGACUCAGGCGGCCUCGCCGGAAGCUAUUGAGGAGCAGAAGUGUCUGAAUUCGGAGUUGUGGCAUGCCUGUGCCGGUCCGCUUGUUUCCUUGCCUGCGGUGGGUAGCCGGGUGGUGUACUUCCCUCAGGGUCAUAGUGAGCAGGUAGCAGCAUCAACAAACAAAGAAAUGGAGUCUCAGAUUCCUAAUUAUCCUAAUCUGCCUCCACAGCUUAUAUGCCAACUGCAUAAUGUGACCAUGCAUGCUGAUGCAGAAACAGAUGAGGUAUAUGCGCAGAUGACGCUGCAACCACUUAACCCGCAAGAGCUGAAGGACCCUUAUUUACCUGCUGAAUUAGGUACUGCCAAUAAACAGCCAACAAACUAUUUUUGCAAAACAUUAACUGCAAGUGACACAAGUACGCAUGGAGGAUUCUCUGUUCCCCGUCGAGCAGCUGAGAAAGUGUUUCCUCCACUGGAUUUCACCCAGCAACCUCCAGCACAGGAGCUGAUUGCAAAAGAUCUUCAUGGCAAUGAGUGGAAAUUCCGCCACAUCUUUCGCGGUCAACCAAAGCGGCAUCUUCUAACUACUGGCUGGAGUGUCUUUGUAAGUGCAAAGAGACUCUUCGCUGGAGACUCUGUCCUAUUUAUCUGGAAUGACAAUAAUCAACUUCUUCUGGGAAUUCGCCGGGCAAAUCGACCACAAACUGUCAUGCCAUCUUCAGUCUUAUCUAGCGAUAGCAUGCACAUUGGUCUUCUUGCUGCAGCUGCUCAUGCUGCUUCAACAAAUAGCCGGUUUACAGUUUUCUAUAACCCAAGGGCAAGCCCUUCAGAGUUUGUCAUACCGCUUGCGAAGUAUGUAAAGGCUGUGUAUCAUACCCGUAUAUCUGUGGGGAUGCGUUUCAGGAUGCUUUUUGAGACAGAAGAGUCUAGCGUUAGGAGAUACAUGGGGACAAUUACCGGAAUUAGUGAUCUUGAUGCUGUUCGGUGGCCAAAUUCGCACUGGCGAUCUGUUAAGGUUGGCUGGGAUGAGUCAACCACUGGAGAGCGGCAGCCAAGGGUGUCACUAUGGGAGAUUGAGCCCCUGACAACUUUUCCAAUGUAUCCAUCUCCUUUUCCGCUCAGGCUUAAGCGUCCAUGGCCAACAGGCUUGCCUUCUCUGCAUGGUGGGAAGGAUGAUGACUUGACUUCCUCUCUCAUGUGGCUUCGUGAUACUGCAAACCCUGGUUUUCAGUCUUUGAAUUUUGGUGGACUUGGUAUGAGUCCUUGGAUGCAGCCAAGGCUGGAUGCUUCCUUCCUUGGUCUGCAACCUGACAUGUAUCAGACGAUGGCCACGGCUGCUUUCCAGGACCCAACGAAGCAGGUGUCACCCACAAUACUGCAGUUCCAGCAGCCGCAGAACAUAGUUAGUCGAGCUGCGCCACUUAUGUCAAGUCAGAUUUUGCAGCAAGUGCAGCCUCAGUUUCAGCAGCAGCCAUACCUUCAAAACAUUUCUGAGAGCACAAUUCAAGGCCAGGGUCGGUCUGAGUUCCUCAAGCAGCAGAUCCAACAUGGCCAAUCAUUCAAUGAGCAGAAGCCCCAGCUGCAACCCCAGCAACAACAGCAAGACUCACAGCAGCAGCAAUCACAGUGUCUGCAAGUCCCUCAACAUCAACAGAUGCAACAACAUAACAACAUGACCAACUACCAGUCUUUAUCUAAUGCGUUGUCCGCUUUUUCUCAACUGUCGUCAGGCUCUCAGUCUUCACCUAUUGCACUGCAAACAGUACUACCAUUCUCACAGGCACAGAGCUUUGCAGACACGAAUAUGUGCUCAUUAUCUCCAUCCAGCGCCUCCACCAUGCAAAAUACACUGAGGCCAUUCUCAUCGGAAGCAGCUUCCCACCUGAGUAUGCCAAGACCCACUGCGAUGGUCCCGGACCCAUGGUCGGCGAAGCGAAUUGCAGUGGAGUCUUUACUUCCUUCUCGGCCCCAGGUUACAUCGCAGAUAGAACAAUUGGAUUCUACACCACCUACUACUAUACCUCAAAGCUCUGCAUUGGCGCCACUUCCUGGAAGAGGGUGCUUGGUGGAUCAAGAUGGGAACUCUGAUCCUCAAAAUCAUCUCUUGUUUGGUGUUAGUAUAGACUCACAAUCUCUUCUAAUGCAAGGGGGCAUCCCAAGCCUCCAGAACGGGAAUGAUUCAACUGCUAUACCCUAUUCCACCUCCAAUUUCCUGAGCCCUUCCCAGAAUGAUUUCCCGUUGGAUCACGCGCUAAAUUCUCCGGGCUGCUUAGAUGAUUCAGGGUAUGCACCAUGUGCAGAGAAUUCUAAUCAUGUAAAUCAACCACCUGCAACCUUCGUGAAGGUUUACAAAUCUGGAACCUUCGGAAGGUCACUUGAUAUCACUAGGUUUAGUAGCUAUCAUGAGCUCCGUAGGGAACUAGGGCGUUUAUUUGGCCUUGAGGGCCAGUUGGAAGACCCUUUGAGAUCAGGCUGGCAGCUUGUAUUCGUCGACCGAGAGGAGGAUGUCCUUCUUGUUGGCGACGACCCUUGGCAGGAAUUCGUGAAUAGUGUGUCCUGCAUAAAAAUACUCUCACCUCAGGAGGUGCAGCAGAUGGGCAAGCAGGGCCUUGAACUUUUGAGCUCGGCUCCCGCGAGGAGGCUAGGUAGCAUCUGUGACGACUACGUUAGCAGGCAGGAAUCGAGAAGCCUAAGCACGGGGAUCGCAUCGGUCGGUUCAGUUGAGUUAUGAAGAGAGGGAACAAGUCGUAUGCCCUCAGCUCAAGGCUGGUCUGUGACUCAUGUUUCUGCAGCACUUUCCUAGUUUUUGAGAUCUGGAACUGAAAGCAACAUAGAUCAAGCCUAGCACUUAAGUUAUGUACCACUAUCUAAUAAUUAUGUCAUAUGAUAUCAGCUUCUAGAUAGAAACUACCAGUACCUUUGGUGUACAUGCCAAAACUUUGUUCCAUGGAAUACUAAUCCUGCGAAUGUAGGCUCUCUGA